CAGCAUUACCAGGUAGUUGGUCCGAGUGCUGUAGUGGAGUCAUGUCUGACUAUAUUUACAAAUCGGGAGCAUGUUUUCCUAUAAUUAUACCAGAAAAUGAUGUUCAUUUCAAAACCAACUGCAUGAAGUUUACUAGGUCAAGGCCGUUUGAUGACACGUCAAAACCAAGAGAACAGUUUAAUGCUAUAACAUCGUUCAUAGAUGGAUCCAUGGUGUAUGGUAGUUCAGAAGAUGAAAUGAACGCGUUGAGAACUGGUACUGAUGGUUUAAUGUCGACUUCAGCUGGAAAUCUGCUACCAGAAGAUGAUAAUGUCGAUGCUUGUAGAAAAAAACAGGAUGAAGAUUUCUGUUUUCUUGCUGGUGAUGCGAGAGUAAACGUAUUUCCAGGGUUAGCAGCUCUCCACACAGUCUUUGUUCGCUUUCACAAUCGACUAGCAUCUAAAAUGGCUUUCAUCGCUAAAAUAGCUGGCUAUUUUUUUAAGCGUCUACCCUUAGUUUGGAAUGAUGAACGAAUCUUUCAGGCGACCAGAAAAAUUGUAUCGGCUGUCAUCCAGAAAAUUAAUAACGACGAAUUUCUUCCCAUCUUGCUAGGUCCCAAAAAUAUUGAAAAAUACCAAAUCUGGGCCCCUUACAAAUAUGAUAAAUAUCGCAACCCAAUGAUAAUAAACGCGUUCGCCACGGCCGCGUUUAGAUAUGGACAUUCUCAGAUUCCGGACACGAUGAAGAUCGCUGGAGAGGAAGUACCUAUUCACAAGCUUUACUUCAAGACCAAUAGUGUGAUCCACCAUUUCUCCGACCUGGUAAAAACAAUCGUUGGGAAUCAAAGUGAAAAGAGUGAUGUCCAUUUUAGUCAGGAGGUGGCUAAUAAACUCUUCCUGCUCAACAACCAUUCACUCGAUCUCUUCUCCCUGAACAUUCAACGAGGUAGAGAUCAUGGUUUAGGAAGUUUUAAUGACUAUCGUCGAGAGUGUAAUCUUCAACCGGCAACAUCGUUUUCAUCCGACAUAUUUGGAUCCUGUAGCCAGUCAUUGAAAGAUGUAUAUGCGUCUGUGGACGAUAUCGAUCUAUUUGUUGGCGGAAUGUGUGAACCGCCGGAAGAGGAUGCCAUUCUAGGACCUACGUUUGCGUGUAUUGUUGGUCGACAGUUUAGAAAUUUAAAACACGGCGAUAGAUUUUGGUAUGAAACGCAAAAUAUCUACGCCGGUUUAGGCAAUGGAAUGGUAAACUUUGUUAAAGAAAUCACAAUGUCGAGAAUUUUAUGUGACCAUGGUGAUAUAUCAGAGAUUCAACCGUUUUCUUUUCUGGCGGCUGAUUCUAAAAAAAAUUCGGUUCGCCCAUGUACAGAAAUACCCAACUAUGGUAUCCGGGCACUGGUUGGUCUGAUGACCGGAAAGUAACAUGCGUAAUAAACUUGAAUAAAUUGAGCUUAUUACCGUUA